GAUACCAUAGGAACAUGUGGUUGGAAGACUGUUGCUGUGGGAAAAAUUUUAGUUUUCUGAAAUACACGCGCUUGAACAUUUUCUUCUUUUCCCAGGUCAUAGAAACGUUGUCUCGACUUUCUCGCACACCUACAGCCUUGGCCACAGGAAUCAGGCCCUUCCCAACAGAAGAAAGUGUUAAUGACGAAGACAUCUACAAAGGCCUUCCUGACUUAAUAGAUGAGACCCGUGUGGAAGAUGAAGAAGACCUCUAUGACUGCGUCUAUGGGGAAGAUGAAGGUGGAGAAGUCUAUGAGGAUUUAAUGAAAGCAGAGGAAGCUCAUCAAUCUAAAUGUCCAGAAAAUGAUAUUAGAAGUUGUUGCCUAGCAGAAAUUAAGCAGACAGAAGAAAAAUAUACAGAAACUUUGGAGUCAAUAGAAAAAUAUUUCAUGGCACCACUGAAAAGGUUUCUGACUGCAACGGAAUUUGAUUCAGUCUUCAUCAACAUUCCUGAACUUGUAAAAGUUCAUCGGAACUUAAUGCAAGAGAUUCAUGAUUCCAUUGUAAAUAAGAAUGACCAGAACUUGUAUCAAGUUUUCAUUAACUACAAGGAAAGAUUGGUUAUUUAUGGGCAGUACUGCAGUGGAGUGGAGUUGGCCAUCUCUAAUUUAGACUACAUUUCUAAGACAAAGGAAGAUGUCAAAUUGAAAUUAGAGGAAUGUUCCAAAAGAGCAAAUAAUGGAAAAUUUACUCUUCGAGAUUUGCUUGUGGUUCCCAUGCAACGUGUUUUAAAGUAUCACCUCCUUCUCCAGGAACUGGUCAAACAUACCCUUGAUCCUGUUGAGAAGGCAAACCUGAAACUGGCUCUUGAUGCAAUGAAGGACUUGGCACAAUAUGUGAAUGAAGUGAAAAGAGAUAAUGAGACCCUUCGUGAAAUUAAGCAGUUUCAGCUAUCUAUAGAAAAUUUGGUAUGUAAUUAUCCUUCUAUCCAGCUUUCCCUCACCCCCAAGUUAGGGGAAAUUCAUUCUUGAAGAAAAGAUAGAUUACCUUCAAGUUUCUGCUGUUGAAGAUUUUUCUCCUGAUUCUUCUUUUUGACAGCAUUCAUACUGAUACCCUGUAGCACCUAUGAGUCAUCAUCGUCCCAGAACUUCUGGCC